AUGAUAGAUGCCCGACUGCGACCGGCUGAAGAACGGGCAGCUUCUCGUCUCCGAACUCGUCUUUUGGUUGGACGACCCAAAGGAGACAUCGGUUCCAACCAAAUUAGUCCAAUACAGCUCCUGCGUGAAUUUCAAACAUAUCAAGAAUUGAUUCGACGUCCGAUCGUAUCCCAACUGUUACAAGCCGAAAGAGAAACUGUGCUUGGUUACUUAGAGGCGUCCUUGAAAGAGUUUCGCGAAGAAUUUCUCAAAGGAAGUGGUGUUGUGCUAGAUCGGACACCUGGAUCAACGAGUUACAAUGAUCGAUCUGUCGGCAUGGUCACGGCAAAGAAUAUACCGGAAUCGGUCAAUCGAAUGCUAUGGGCUGGCCACAUGGAAUCACGUGUACAUGACGAUUUGCAACUUGUUGAAGCACUCCUAUCCGAUCUGGAUCGGUUUCGGUUGUAUAAGAAGGAUGCUAUGUCAUUGAUGGAAGAUAUUGCCACAUGGCGUCGUGAACAAUUCGAGACAUGGUCACGUGACAAUUUGGCUCGCUUAUCUGAGCAGAAACCGAAAGAUCAGCGAUUAGCUCUCGCUUUUGAGCCUUCUGGCCGACUGUUAUCGCUAUCCACUACAGAUGGUCGAUUAGAAGUUGGUUAUCCCGAAGGGUUAGUUCAAUUGCAACGCGAAGUGCGUUUACUCACUGGAUUGGGCUAUCCAGUGCCGAGUAAACUACUCAAAGCUGCCGAUCAAGGCGAAGCACUCUACCGAUACGCGAUUGUUCUGAAACAGCUUCGUCAUUCGAAUUACACCAACCUAGCAGACUUCGGUUCGAUACAGGUUUGGACAGCCACAAAUCGUGUAGUUUUAUGCGGUUAA